AUGACACCCUUCUUCCGUGCUGCGGUCCUCUCUCUUCUCCUGGCCGCAGGGUCCUGGAGUCAUGAAGCCGCUGGACUUGGUUGCAACCUGCAUCCUUUCAAUGUAACCAUCAGGAGUGACAACCGUGGCAGCUGCCGUGGCACCCACACCGUCCAGGCCUGCGUGGGCUACUGUGAGUCGAGCGCCUUCCCCUCCAAGUACUCCGUCCUCCUGGCCAGCAGCUUCAAGCACAACAUCACGUCUGUCUCCCAGUGUUGCACCAUCACCAAAAUGCAGAAGAUCAAGGUGCGGCUGCGGUGCGGAGCCAGCUGGCGCGAGUCCGUGGAGCUGUUCACCGCCAAGGCCUGCCAGUGCGACAUGUGCCGCUUCUCCAGAUACUAG